AUGUCUUCUCCGGCUUCAAAUCGUCGUCGAGGGCAGUCCGCCAGGGACUCGGCCACCGCAUCGCCUGCCCGCUCAACACGCUCCCAGCAGCAGCCCCCCUCCAGCAGCCCUGCGCCUGCCGCAAUGGAUAAUCAGUCGCAGACGGCCACACCACGGGCCUCAAGGCGCCUGAGAGAAGAGGCAGCUGUGCAGUCUUCCUCUCCGAUGUUCUAUCGAUCGUCCUCGCCGCCCGGAGGGACCCAGCAGUCGAACGGGUCCAGAAUGGAGCCUAGUUCCCCAGUCAGGGCAUCAUCGAAUGCGGACGAUGGAGAAGCCACCCCUCGAGGCAACAGACAGGCAAUGAGAGAUUCGUCUCCAAUCCGGUACAUGUCCAGUUCCAGCCCGACACGGGCCAGCAACCGUCGAGAGCCACGCUCCGAUAUCCCCAGCAGCAGCAGUGGCCUAUUCGUGCGUUCCACGAGGUCAGGCUUUUCUGCAUAUCAGCCGGCUCCCGCGCGACGCGGAGACAUUCAUUCAGACGCUUUCGGCUCCACGCCGAACCGUCGUCGUAGGCUCUUCGUGGACGCCAAUGGUAUGCCUGUCGCGGAUGGCGAACCUCGUUCCGAUGCGACCUUCUCCAACGUCCACCCGGGCACAUCAGAGGCGGAGGCGCUGGGUGGUAACUCCACCCGUGUCAUCUGGGGAACAAACAUCUCCAUCCAGGAUUCCAUGUCCGCCUUUAAGAACUUCCUGUACAACUACGCCAGGAAGUACCGUCUCUGGGCGGAUGGUAUGACGGAAGAUCAGACCCGCGAAAUGGGUCCGGCGGCAGAAGAGAGGGAGUAUAUCACCAUGCUGAACAAUAUGCGUCAGCUCGGCGUGACGGGUCUCAACCUAGAUGCCAAAAACCUCAAGGCCUAUCCGUCGACGUUGAAGCUGUGGCAUCAGCUCCAUGCCUAUCCUCAAGAAAUCAUCCCGUUGAUGGAUCAGACGGUUAAGGAUGUGAUGGUCGAGCUUGCCGAGAAGGAGAUGGAGAGCAUCAUGGCACGGGGCCAACGGAACCACCCUCAUGCCAGAGACAACAGCUCUGCUCCUCCAGCACCUAGUUCAGAUGCCCUGAUGAGCGAUGCUGGCAGGGCUCCGCCAGCGGAGAUCCCCGACCUGGUAGCAGAGGUCGAGAGCAAGACAUUCAAGGUGCUACCAUUUGGUCUGGACAAGACCGUGAACAUGAGAGAUCUCGAUCCAGCUGAUAUGGACAAGUUGAUCAGCAUUAAGGGUCUUGUUAUCCGGACAACGCCGGUUAUUCCUGAUAUGAAAGAAGCAUAUUUCCGGUGCCAAACAUGCGGUCACAGCGUCAAAGUCGAUAUUGACCGCGGAAAGAUCGCGGAGCCUACCGUCUGUCCCCGACCGGUGUGUGCAGACAAAAACACGAUGGAACUUGUCCACAACCGCUGUGUCUUUGCGGACAAACAGGUCAUCAAGCUCCAGGAGACUCCAGACUCUGUACCGGAUGGCCAAACGCCUCACUCGGUCUCGCUUUGCGCGUACGAUGAGCUUGUGGAUGUUUGUAAAGCCGGUGAUCGUAUCGAAGUGACGGGUAUCUUCCGAUGCAACCCUGUGCGCGUCAAUCCCCGACAGCGCACGCAAAAAGCACUCUUCAAGACCUAUGUCGACGUCUUGCAUGUCCAAAAGGUUGAUCGCAAGAAGUUGGGAAUCGACGUGUCCACUGUUGAGCAGGAGUUGGCUGAGCAAGCCGCGGGAGAUACGGAGCAGGUCCGCAAGAUCACGGCGGAAGAAGAACAAAAGAUCAAGGAUACGGCUGCCCGUCCGGACGUCUAUGAACUCCUCGCUCGCUCGCUCGCCCCGAGUAUCUAUGAGAUGGAUGACGUGAAGAAGGGCAUUCUGCUCCAGCUCUUUGGAGGCACAAACAAGACCUUCGAGAAAGGCGGGAACCCUCGGUACAGAGGAGACAUCAACGUCCUCCUCUGCGGUGAUCCUUCUACGUCCAAGUCACAGCUUCUUAGAUACGUUCACAAGAUUGCGCCCCGAGGUGUCUAUACCAGCGGCAAAGGUUCAUCGGCCGUCGGUCUGACGGCUUAUGUGACACGCGACCCGGAGACGCGUCAACUUGUGCUGGAGUCAGGUGCUCUUGUCCUUUCAGAUGGCGGUGUCUGCUGCAUUGACGAGUUUGACAAGAUGAACGAGUCGACCCGGUCCGUCCUGCACGAAGUGAUGGAGCAGCAAACCGUGUCCAUCGCCAAGGCUGGUAUCAUCACCACGCUCAAUGCCAGAACGAGUAUUCUUGCUUCGGCCAAUCCAAUCGGCAGCAAGUAUAACCCGAACCUCCCAGUGCCCCAGAACAUCGAUCUGCCUCCGACCCUGCUUUCCAGAUUCGACCUUGUCUAUCUGGUGCUGGAUCGGGUUGAUGAGCAAGAGGAUCGCCGACUUGCCAAGCAUCUGGUUGGCAUGUAUCUGGAAGACAAGCCAGAGAACGCGAGUCGCGACGAGAUUCUGCCCAUCGAAUUCCUUACGUCUUACAUCACCUAUGCCAAGACCCGCGUCCAUCCGGUCCUGACACCCGCUGCUGGUAAGGCUCUAACGGAUGCUUAUGUUGCGAUGCGCAAGUUGGGCGAUGACAUCCGCUCCCAUGAGCGCCGAAUUACUGCCACCACCCGUCAGCUGGAGUCCAUGAUUCGAUUGUCUGAAGCACACGCGCGGAUGCGUCUGUCCCCCGAGGUCACGGCUGAUGAUGUGGAGGAGGCCGUCCGAUUGAUCCGCUCCGCCCUGAAGCAAGCUGCAACCGACGCGCGCACAGGACUGAUCGAUAUGGGCUUAUUGACGGAGGGUACUAGUGCAAGUGAGCGCCGCAAUCGCGAGAACAUGAAGCGCAAUAUCCUCCGAGUCGUCGAGGAGAUCGGUGGCAGCGGCGGUACGGCCCGCUGGGCUGAGGCCUACCGAAAGCUCGGUGAGCAAAGCAGCAUUGAGGUGGACGGCGGCGAGUUCGCAGAUGCCGUGCGAGCACUGGAGACCGAGGGACUAGUCAACGUUCUCGGGGAGGGUGCCCGGAGAAGCAUUCGCCGUGUGGCGGGUACAUUUUUGUAA